UCCCGUCAAAAGGACGGUUACGGGACUGACGCGGGGAGGGAGCGGAGAGAGCAGGAGGCGCCUGGGGGAACGCAGUUGGACUACACUGGUUAACACUACCAUAGACUUCUGACUGCCAACAUUUACAGCAUCUCAUCUUUGAAUUAUUUCAAGAUAACGUAGGUGGCUCCAUGUCACAAUAUCAGGACUCCUGGAGACUCUUCCAGCCGGAUAUACAACAUGGCUUGGAUAUCGAGAUGGAGCCUGUGGCUGCUUGCCCAUCUUUUCCUGAUCCAACCAAUGACUUUGAUAGGAAUGUCCCCCGCAUCUGCGGCGUCUGCGGAGACAAAGCUACUGGCUUUCAUUUCAAUGCUAUGACAUGCGAAGGAUGCAAAGGAUUUUUUAGGAGGAGUAUGAAAAGAAAAGCAUCGUUCUCAUGCCCGUUCAGUGGUGAGUGUAAAAUCACCAAAGACAAUCGGCGACAUUGCCAAGCGUGCCGGCUGAAGCGUUGCGUCAACAUCGGGAUGAUGAAAGAAUUUAUUCUGACCGAUGAAGAGGUUCAGAGGAAAAGGGAGAUGAUAAUGAAGAGGAAGGAAGAGGAAGCUCUUAAAGAGAGCUUGAAGCCCAAGUUGUCCGAGGAACAGUUGCACGUCAUUGAAAUCCUCUUGGAAGCCCACCGCAAAACUUACGACGAGAGUUACUCUGAUUUCGCUCAGUUCCGGCCUCCAGUAAGAAAUGAUUCAAACAAAAGACGUGUGAGUAGAUCUUCCUCCUUCAUGACCCAAGGAUUCUCCUCGGAUGAUUCUUCAGACACUUUUAACUCCUCUCCAGAGCCCACGAUGUUCUCGAACCUGCAGCUGAAUGACGACAGCGACGAAAGCACAUCCAUAUCCUUCGACUUCUCUCACUUCACCAUGUUGCCUCACCUAGCCGAUCUGGUUAGCUACAGCAUCCAGAAAGUGAUUGGAUUUGCAAAGAUGAUUCCAGGAUUCAAAGAUCUAACAGCAGAGGACCAGAUUGCGCUACUAAAAUCUAGUGCCAUUGAAGUCAUCAUGCUGCGUUCAAAUCAGUCAUUUUCACUGGACGACAUGACCUGGACCUGCGGCAGCAACGAGUUCAAAUACCAAGUCAGCGACGUCACACAAGCUGGCCACAACAUGGAGUUGCUUGAGCCGCUUGUUAAAUUUCAAGUUAGCCUGAAGAAACUAGACCUGCAUGAAGAAGAGCAUGUUCUCCUAAUGGCUAUCUGCAUCCUUUCUCCUGAUCGUCCAUUUGUGCAGGACACUGCUCUGGUGGAGUCCAUCCAGGAUCGCCUUUCAGAUAUCCUGCAGACGUACAUCCUCUGCCGACACCCGCCCCCUGGCAACCGCUUGCUGUACGCCAAGAUGAUCCAGAAACUCGCCGACCUGCGGAGCUUGAACGAGGAGCACUCCAAGCAAUACCGCAGCCUCUCCUUCCUGCCCGAGCACAGCAUGCAACUUACGCCGCUGGUCCUCGAGGUCUUCGGCAACGAGAUCUCCUGAUUUUUGUGGGAUUAGGGAGGAAAGUUGUCAAACUGUAAAGUGAGGUGCCAGCCUGGCUUCUUACUGGUGGCGAGCUGGGAGUUUAAGGCCCGUGAAGUUCUGUAUAUUCUGUAAGCAAAGGAGUUUUGAUUUUUUUUUCCACACUACUGGAAAGGCAUAUUUUUUGCCUUGCUGCUGAGCAGCAGCCCACGAGCUUAGCUCCCCCUGCGCUGCCCGUCCAAACUGAACCACUUUCUUACUUGCUGCUUUAUCAUGAUGUAACUGUCAUUCUCUUCAACACUGAGCUUUCUAAACCUCAGGCUGAAACAUCUGUGUUGUUUCUUAAGGAAGGGUAAUGACUGAAAAGCGUAUAAAUAUGGUUGAUUGCAGGGUUGAGGCCAGACAUAGAGUGCUCGUGGGUUUCCAUUUUAUGAAGCGCUUUUUGUCCCGCGUAAACUGUAACGUGUCAGGGGUGACAAAGUGUUGCUUUCUCCCUGAAAUCCACUUCGUGUGUCAUUUUCUGCCAAAUACGAAGUCUCUACAGCUUCUCAAAAGUAUUUCUCCGCCUCAGAAUAAGCAAGAGAGUGCUCUUUACCGGAACUAGGUCACUUGAGCUGUCUCUUUUAUAAAAGGAAAACUGGCAGUUUGUCGAGUGAAGGUGAACUAAAAUCAGGUGAGGGAGGAUAUUUGAGCCUAACCACACACGCUCCAAAGAGGAGUGAGUUUUAGGAGAAUCCUGAAGGGCCAGGCCCCUGCCGGGAGAACUUCAGCAUUGUUCUCUUUCAAAACAAGGAACCCUAAAUCCUAGACUUCUCUGUGGUUUUUCCCUUUGCUCAUUUUCAGACCCUGCCAGACUCUGCCAAAGGAGAUGUCUAAUACACCAGUGGCCUCCAGUUUAUUUCUGAGCCGGGGUUUUGUACAGAAUAAUUAUUCUGCUGUCACUUCAGCCCUUGCCAGCAUGGCCCAUUGGACUAAACCAUGCACAUGUGCAAGUGGCAUCUGGACAUGGCUGGGUAGAAAUGUUUGCCUUAGUCAUGCUCAGUGAGGUUGAAAUUUAUUUUUUAUCACUCACAGGAUGUUCGCUGUGAGUUUGGAAGAUCUCUAGCCAGCGUGACCUCUGGAAAAAAAUAAAGCAUAUAUGAGUGCAUAUUGUCAUCUGCUGACAAUGGGGGGGGGGGAAUCCCAUAUUGGUAUUACUUAAAAUAAUAUAUUUGCAGGUAAACUAUUCAAAAUAGAUUAAAUAGUUGAAAACGGUUGCCGCUUGGGUCCCAGAGAAUCCAAAGAGAGAUUAAUGGGUUGGAUCCAAACUCAGUUUUCCAACAGUGGAACAGAAAUUUCCUGCCUUCCCUCUCUUACUGCUGCCCACUGAUUUCCACCAAACGCUGGUCCUGAGGGAUAAGGGACAAAAGGGAAGGGGGGGGGGGGCUCCGUGAAAAUUGGUGGAUGGACAUGGGCAAAUCCAACCCACUCCUUUCUUCUGGUCAAGCCUCUACUGCAGUGUAAGAAUAUCCAGCUCUUGGGUGGCAGAGUUGUUAACAAUUCAAAUGGAAAUAUAAACAAUAGUUAUUCUGAAUUCCUGAAUUUCCCCCAAACACACUGUCCUUUUCGUUCAGAGAGAAAGUUCCUGGCGGGUUGGUGUCCGGGAGGGGGGGUGGGACGCACUGGCAACCAGAAGCAAGCCAAAGCCCCAGCAGUUCAGUGGGUGGCUGGGCUCAGAUCUGGCCUCUGGCGUAGGUCCACUCGUUGGAUCUUCCCAUGCUAACCGACUGUGCAAAGUGGCCCUUUGACUCUGCUCCCUCCUGCACUCCUUCCCCAAAAUCAUGUCAGGAAAGUGCCAUUCAUAAAACCUCCCUUCACUUAACAAAACCUUUGCCAGCACAUUACCGCUUCUAUCCUUGCUCAUUGCAACUGUUGCACUACUUGUAGCUAAGCACUGUGGCUAAAACACCUAGCAAGGUGACCUUGAUUAAAUCCCACAGGCUAUAAUGAGGAGGUUAACUUGGGCAGCCUCUGGGAUGGUCUGAUAAGAAUUAUGUCGGACACAAUACAGAUGGCAGCUUCCUCUUUUCAGAUUAAAAUCUCCCUUUUGCUCACUAGGGGUCAGUAGGGCAAUGCUGUAGAAAGUGAUACUCGUGCAGCACGAAGCGCCUUGUGCUUGCGCCAGACCCGUGAAUGUUCCCCUAGCUAUGAGUAGAUUACUUUGCUCUUAAAUUAGUCUAAAUUACUAGGAUUGGAAGGAUUCAUCAAAGUCUUGGCUCCCUUUUGUACUUGGUUGAAAUUUGGCACAAGAGCAGCCCACCCACAUCCAACUAAGGCUCAUUCCGCACAUGCAGAAUAAUGCACUUUCAAACUGCUUUCAGUGCUCUUUGGAGCUGUGCGGAAUGGCAAAAUCCACUUGCAAACAGUUGUGAAAGUGGUUUGAAAACGCAUUAUUUUGCAUGUGCGGAAGGGGCCUAAGUCUCUGUGGUGGAUGCUCAAAAGUCUUCUCACCACCACCAAGUACAACAGUUCCCCCCCCCUUUUGUGAAUGCAGUACCUUUAAAUGUCAACCUUAUGCACCUUAGCAGUGAGAAAAGGAAACCACCUAUGUGCCACUCAUUAACUUGUAUAUUCUUGGAUCUAUCACCUCUGGUCUCCCUUUCAGAGCUUUGCCAGUCACUUUAUCAGAACAAACAAUAAACACAGUCAAUUUAAAAGCAACCUAACAUCUCUUUUUAACAUGAGAUGGAUUGACUCAAUAAAGGAAGCCCGGUCUUUCAUUUUGCAAGACCUUAGUAAGGACAUUUUUGAGGUUAUUAAAUCAGGUCACUGUAAGCCGAAAGCGACUUGACAGCACAUAACGCACGCACCACAUUUCUUCUAUAGAGGCCAUUGCAGUAAGUCUGGGAGAUUCAGCAGGGAGCCUCUGCACAUGGUUGAUGGGGCCACAGUGUGUCUGGUUCAUGCUCAGGCAGUGAAAACCAUAAUCUUUGAAAGGGAAGGAGAUGCACAAAUGCAUGGCAGACACGCCCAGGGCAGUCCUGGCCCACUGCAUUUCCCUGACAUGUAGGCCAUAUAUUUCAAACCUAUCUCCUCUUUAAAUGUGUUGACUGCAAGAUACGCAGCAAGCACAUUGAAAACUUUUUUGCCAUGUUCAAUGUCAAAGUGCCUGUUAGAAUUCUCUAUUGUGCCAAUCUUCGGUGUCUGUGUGUGUAUUUUCCUGAAGCUUGGCCGUUGGGAUUGUAAAGGUAGAAAUUAACAGUUCCUUAACAUUCUUUUCCUGCUACAAAGGGGGAACAGACAGAGCUAAAGGGGAAGGGGAAAUGGCCACAAAGUAGAAGUGAGAUUUGAAUCUCCAAGGGAGGGAUCUCAGGGAAUAAUCCUCAAGGCUAAAACGAUAUAUGAUCAUGGUAGAAGAAGAAGAGUUUGGAUUUAUAUCCCCCCUUUCUCUCCUGCAGGACACUCAAAGGGGCUUACAAUCUCCUUGCCCUUUCCCACUCACACAAACACAC